AUGCCAACUGCCGUGGAAAACGAAUUCGAGCCCGUUCACGGCAUCUCUAAGUUGGAUGUGGACCUGGAAGCACAAAAGAUUACCGUCAAGGGCCAUGCUGCGCCUUCCAAAAUCAUUGAGGCAAUCCAAAAGACCGGAAAGGACGCCAUUAUCCGCGGAACCGGCAAGCCGAACUCCGCUGCCGUCGCCAUCCUAGAGUCGUUUGAUGAGGCUGAUAAGCAGGCGCCUGUCAAGGGCCUUGCCCGUAUGGUGGCCACUAGCCCAGAGGAAAUGUACGUCGACCUUACCCUCAGCGGUGUGAAGAAGGGGACGUACUAUCCAAGUAUCCGCGAGAGUGGAAACAUCUUUAAGGGAGCAUUGACAACGGGCAAGUCGAUAUACGACUUCCCGCCUAUCGAGGCGAAAACCAAGGACGGCGAGCUGUACAAGUGUCAGGAAUUUGUCAAGGUGCCUCUGGGAAUCUCGGGCCUGAUCGGCCGCUCGCUUGUCGUUUCGCACGAGCCGAAGAACGUUUUCUGGGAGAGCCUGUGUGGAGUCAUCGCGCGCAGCGCAGGUGCUUGGGAAAACGACAAAUAUGUGUGCUCCUGUACGGGCAAAACGAUCUGGCAGGAACGCGUUGACGCUGUGGGCCGCGGAAUCUCGAAUUAA